UGCAAAGACGACGAACCAGCUUCCGGUUAUGACUUCCGGGUCUUCCAGUCGCAUGUCUGGUGUUAUUUGUGUCUACGAGCAUUAAUAAUUGUGCCCAAAUAGAAGCCGGGCAAUGAAUCCUGUUCUACGAAAGCAGGUGCUGACUCAAGGACUAUUGUUGUGCAGGGCUCGAUCAUGUACCCAGCAGCUUCCUGUUUGGGGUGGUGUUGCUCACACACAGGAAAGGCAAUACAAAGGUGCCCCGACGCAAGGCAUCGGCAGGUGGAAGCAUCUUUUGCCCAAAGAAGUGCCAAAGAAGAAACAUGACAAGCAUCAGAUGCAGAGCAUCAUGGACGCCACCAGCACGGCAUACGGGACCCUGAACGUUAACGUGUCAGGCUAUGACAUGACAAUGGUAGAACACUACGCUCAGUACAUUCACAACCUGUGCACGCGGCUUGGCGUUGGUGUGGCAGAGAGCUAUGCAUUGCCGACCCAAAGCACAGAGGUGAUGCUGAUGCCGGAGCAUGGCACCAAGAUGCUUGUGGACUCGAUUCUGAAGACCCACAAACGUGUUAUUCAGCUGAGCAGCCUGAAGGCAAGACUGUGUCCCAUUUUGAUGGACAUGCUCAUGAAAAACCAGCCGGAAGGGGUCCAGCUAUCAGUGAAGGAGCACACCCAGGCUGACUUCCUAGCCCGCUUCAAGUCUCGUCCUGAGCUGGAGGGUCUCUUAGCUCAGAUUAGCCAAUAGGCAGUUUGUUAAUAAGAUUUUUUUGUAGAAAAUAGAAGCAUGUAUGCUAUUUCCAGUUAAAAGAUUUGUUUAACAUUGUCUAAAUAGCUGGCAACACGAGUGAGUAGCAAGAUCAUUAGGCUAAGAUAGGAUAGGAUACAAGACUUUAUGUGUCAUAUCCCACAUUAGGAAAUUCCAUGGUUUCAGUGUAAAAUUUAUAGCACAUACAGCAGUGAUAUGCAGCAAGGGGAGGCAGGUGAGGCAGAGCAUACAGACAGAGAGAUGAACAUAAAACAAAUAUGAAAUAAAUUAUAUUAAGAAUGUAUUUUCUGUAUGAUGCCAAUCCUUUCAUUUUCUAAGAUGAGGCUGCCGCGAGCGUCUCUUCUUGGCUUAGUGCACAAACCCUGCUCAUCGUCUGAGCGCACUGACUUGGAUGUUUCUGUUUGUCAGCAUGUGGCCAAUAAUAUAAUUGUAGAAACAUUAUACGCCAUGACUUUCUGCCGCCUGUGUAAUGUCUUAACUAUAAGUGUGACAUUGUAAUUCUUGCUAAUCAGACAAUAAAAUACACAGAAAUUUCA